AUAAAAACCCCAGAGCUGUGCACUCUCUGCGAUCCAUGAGCAACCAGGACAAUGGCUGCCUUCACCAUGCUGGUCUUCAUCGCUAUCAACCUGAUUCAGUCAUUCACUGCUGUUCCUUCAAACUGCGAGAUGCUCCAGCCGAGAAAGAUUGACCUGAAGAGUACAACGUUCUCCGGCAAGUGGUAUUUACUGCGUUGGGCAACACAGUAUGAACCUUACCGAAAGGAAUUUGGCCACGUGGACAACGCAUUCUUUCUGAACUCUCCUAUCGUCCCAAUGAACAAAACGUUGAUGAAGGGCUACAUGCGGAUUGGAGAUGAAUGCAUCUCUCAGAUGGAGGCCUACCAUUUAUCGAGUGAUGGUGUGGAUUUUACCUCUGAAGCCAAACCAUUUAUGGUGUUCAGAAUUCUCGACACAAAGAUUCAUACUUCCUUGCUUUUCCACAUGGAGGAGAAGAGAGAAGGCAAAACGUACCACACAAUUUCCCUCUACGGUCGAAAUCCAAUUACAAUGGAGAAUGAAUUGAAGAUCUUUGAAGAACAUGUGCAAAUGUGUGGGGGAUAAAGAAGGAUAAAAUCAUAGUCCCACCUCAAUUGAAGGAUGAGUGCAAGCCGUAAGACGCAGUGGAAGACAUCAAAUGAAAAUAAAAGCACCAACAGCUCAGUAAAGAGGAGCUUUGGAAAUCACUGUCUACCAUCACAUUUCCAAAAUUAAAUUUCUGUAUUAAUUCCAAGUUAGCAGAGCUAGUUAUACUAAUUUAGCAUUAGUUUUAAGACUAUUUUCUGACAAAAUUUGCUUUUCCCAGUCCAAAUAGGGAUUAGAACAGAAAAGUAGGUUCUCCUGCUCAUGCUACAUAGGAUUUAAAUGCAGUUUAAUCUGACAACAAUGCAGUGUCAGUUUGGUUUGUUUAGGCCUGCAGCUAAUGACAAUGCUCUACCCAGCCAGAGUGACAAUGAUUGAAUAAUGUCCCUGUCAAUCACUGCUGCAAGUUGCUAAGGUAGAUUUCAAACACAAAAUUUAUGUAGCAUUUUUCCAUGCACAGCAGUUUCUGGAGAAAUUACCCUUUCUUUUAAAAAAAAAUUGGGAAAAGAUGCUGUAUUUGUUUACUUUGCUCUUUUGACUCUGUUUCUCUGAACCGUGACUUUGUUUGUUGAACAAUAGACCGUCUAAAGGUUCUUAAACAGUGAGCUGACAGACCAGUCUGCAGGGUCUGGAGAUGAGCAACAGCAGGAAAUAGAGCCAACACUUUGGUUACUAGUCAGACAUACUCCUCCUCCCAGGAAGGACCCAGAGCAAAUGGUGUGUCUAACCAGCCUCCAAGGAAUUCCCUUGUGGCCUCCAAUGACAAAGGUUUGAAUAGGAGCAUGUUACACAACAGUCAGCUGACAAGGUGAAUAAUUAUACCUUGCCAUUCUCCUCACCAGCAACACCACAGAUGUGGAUAGACACACUUGAGGGCAACUAUAACUCUCAAGCACGCAAGGAAAACAAAACAGUCAAAUCUGAAGUUUUAUUAUCUGGAUAGGGGUAUAAAAACACUAGAUCGAGAGGGAAUUCCAUGCAGUCUUUUGGCUUAAACUGGCCCCCAUUAUUUCCUUUUGAUUUACAGUCAUUAUUUGAAGCUGGUUGAAGAAUGAAUGAAGCACUAUGACGAAUGUGAUUUCUCAGAAUACUUGAUCACGGGAACAGAAAGUAGUAAGAUUAGUCUAUUCAAACAGUGGAGAAUUUUAAUGAAAGGGGAAGUUUCACUUCUUUGGAGAAGUGUUUUGACAAAAGGACACGAGGGGAGAAGAGAUAUUUAUUUUAAACAGUGAAUUAUAAUGAUCUAGAAGGAGCUGUCUGAAAGGGUGGUGGAAAUAGAUUUAAUUAUAAUGUUCAAAAGGAAAACAAAUGAUCUCAGAAAAGACAUGCAGGGUUUGGGGAAAACUGCAGCAGAGUGAGAAUAAUUAGAUAACUCUAGGUGCUGGCAGAGGCAACCAGAAAACACUGGGUCUUUCUGUUUUAAAUUAUGAAUUUAUGAUAUGUCAUUGAGCUUAAGCUCCUGAAUGCUGGAAGUUUGCCUUCAAUGCCAUUGAGACAAGAACACAAUGAUGAUAGACAAAGAGGAAAAAUGAGAAAGGAAAAUGGUCAAUAGGUUCAGAGAAAAAAUUUAGAAAGAGCUGGCAACAAAGAGAUUCUGAACAGUACAGCACUGGACAGGCCAUUUGGCCCACGAUGUUGUGCCGAUCAUGAUGCCAAUUUGUACUAAAUGCCUUCCUGCUGUGCAUCAUCUAUAUCCCCUCAUAUUCAUCUGUCUAUCUAAAAGCCUCAAACUCCAUCAAACUGCCUGCUUCCACUAUUACCCUGGUAACCCAUUCCAGACACCUCCCACUCUUUGCAUAAAGAAACUUGCCUCUCACAUCGCCUUUGACUGGUUGUCAAAGUUUGAGUUAUCAGAUUUCUAAGGAUUUAUAAAAAUGAUCUGUAUCGGUUUAAAUUACGCUAACAGUUUAUUAGCUUGUGCUCUUUUUGCUUGAGAUUUGAAUAAAGAGUGACAGUACUACA